AUUUCACAAUUCAGACCACAUGUACCAAGUUCUUUAGCAGUUUAUCCUCCACCUCCAGAAUACCAACCUAACUUAACGGUAUCUACUUUGACUACGCCUAACCCAUUAUUCACAAAACCACCAUCCUACAGUAAAUAUGUAUGUGGAGUCAAAGGAACAGCAAGAUCAUCAAGAGUGGUCGGCGGAGAAGAUGCACAACCAAAUGAGUGGUGCUGGCAAGUGGCGUUAAUAAAUUCAUUAAACCAGUAUUUAUGUGGUGGAGCAUUAAUUGGCACACAAUGGGUACUUACUGCAGCUCACUGUGUUACUAAGUAAGUACUAAGUAAACAA